AUGUUCCUUUUAGGUGUAGGUAAAACGUUCUUGCUGAAAUUUUAUUCGUCGUUAUUGAAUGCAAAACUACUGUAUGAUCGAAAUCUUGAUAUUAUUAGUCCACGAAUAGUAGAACGUACGAGUAUAUGGCUUCGCUAUAAUAUUCUUACCAGAUUAAUUGAACCGAAACGACCCUUAUUACAAGAGUUUCUAGUAAAAAUGAAAGUAAUUUUCGAUAAUGAAGAAGAAGAAGAAGAACAGAGCGACGACGGCGAUAGUGGUAAUAGUCAUGACAGCAAUGGUUGUAAUAUGGAGGAUUUCUUUGAAAUUUCGUUACAUCCAGAAUUGGCUGCCGUUCAGCCAGCCGCAGCACUUAUCGCACCUCAACGAAUCGAUCGAUAUUCUAUUGUUUGA